UUCUACACAACUCUUCCUAAUUUCCUUUUCUCUCUCAACAUGAUGAAGCAGAACAAGAGCAACCGGGUGGCUGUCCGUUCAAAGCUAACGGCAGUAUCCAGCCGGCCGGUGAACCCGGGUACGAUCCAUUCUUUCACGGGUCUGGAUCAUGCAAUGGCCCUGCACAGCGUUCACGUGAUAUUCUACUACAAGGAGAAGCUGUUUUCAUAUUUUGACUUGGACCCGUUUAGGGUGUGUCUCUCGGAGACCCUAUCGCUGUACCCGCCAGUGACGGGUAGGAUAGUCCGGAGAGAGGUCGACGGUGAGUGGGAGGUCAAGUGUAACGAUGCCGGCGUGAGGGUGGUGAAGGCCACGGUGGCGACAACACUUGAUGAGUGGCUGGCAACUGCUGAUGGGGCGGAGGAGAGGUUGUUGACGGCGUGGGAUGAUAUGCCUCAUGGUGAUUCUAGUUCAUGGUCGCCGUAUAGAAUCCAGACUAUGCGAAGGAGAAGGCUGCUGAACAAUCAGCAAAAAAGGCUGCUUGUAGGGCCAAAAAAUCAAAGAUGGCUGCAGGGACAAGUGUGGAAGCCAAUUAAUGGAUGGCUACAUUGCUGGUGAACUACUAGACUGAAGUCUGGAAGAAUGGCUACGAAGUUGUAUUUGAAUUAGGACUUUCUAUUUCAUUGCAUAUUUGUACUUGAAUUUGGACUUCGUAUUUAAAUUUGGACACUUUGUAUUUCAAUUGUAGCUUUAAUUGUUCUUGAUGAGUACUUGA